UCAUGUCAUUGCGUGUAAUUUCCUUUUCGUUUACAUGUGCAAGGAGGAAGGAGUGAGAGACCGUUAAACAGACACGACGUUAUAAAGAGGAAAAGAAGUAAAAUGAACGUUUCAAUGAUUUUAAUAAUAGCAGGGUGGGUGAUUUUUGGACUUUCUACAGUGAAUGCAUCCACAACAACUAAUGCAGAAGUAUCCUCAGUAAAAACAGCUGCCGCAGUUGCAACAACAGCAUCACUAACAUCACCUCCACAUUUAAACACAUCCAGUGUACAUACGAGUCCAUACAAGACAAAUGAAUCGGUCUCUACGGUUUCCAUGAUCGGUUUUUCUACAACUGCAAACAAAUCAACUGAAAAUUCCACCAUGAACACUAUAAACAACUCAACGUCAGACCCUGUGGAGAUGACAACAGUAGCAAACACAAUGCCCAUUUCAACCUCUGAUGUAAAUUCUACCUCUACAGCAACAGCGAUCACCAGUGCACCCAAUGUGACCAAUUCGUUGAAAACUCUCACUUCCAGUAUUGUGACUAAAGCUGAGAUCUUGAAAACUGAAAGCACAAAGGCAGUUAUAACAAGCGGAAAAAUUACAAAAUCUACAGCAACAAGGAUGACAAAACUGAUGCCUUCUACUUUUAAAGUGUUGGUGUCGUCUGCUAAGCCACAAUCAUCAACUAAAAAAACAUUUACAAGGCAACAUCAAAUCAAUCAUGGACAACAUAAAAAGGAUCCACAGGCUCUGAGCUCAGGAAGUGUAGCUGCCAUCGUUAUAGGCUUUAUCGCCAUUGUACUAAUCUUACUUGGUGGAGCAUACUACUUCAAAAUGCGACGGUCUUCUUAUGGACGCCUUUUGGAUGAUACCGAUCACAGCUCUAUGGGGAAUUUUUUCAACCCAAUGUUUGAUGGCUGAAUGAGGAAGUUAAUGUAGAAGUACAGCUGAAUGAUUCAUUUCUGAAGGAAGAACAUACAUCUGUCCUGAUUAAUGAAUUUGGUAACAUGAGAUUCUGUAGUGUCCCCCAAAAUAUUCAAAACUCUGUUAGAUAAUCUGUCAGAAUCAGAAUGUGUCAGAACCUAGAUAUGACUGAUUGUAUUUUGAAGUUUUUGUAUGAAGGUGUUUGAAGCCUUUCAAAGUUGUAAAAUUUAAAGUAAUGUCCAAAACGUGUUGACAUUCAUGUGUAUUAGAAGUAGAUUUAUUUAUUUGCUAUUUGCAGUUAUAAUGCCUGUAUAAUGCACAAAACAUGUUUCUUUAUAUUUUCUUCUUCUUUAAAGAACCCUACUAAAUCAAUGUUUGAUUUCAGCCAUCAAUCUUUGCAUGACCUUACUCAGUCAAUGCUAAAGAUAUCAAUAUUAUAUAAUGUUUUUUACAUUAUGUAGGAUGAUUUUAUGUAGAAAACAGUAAAUAAAGAAUAAAAAAACGACUUAAGCUUUAGCUUUGAAAACAGGCAGGGUCACAUUUUAUUGACAGGGUUACUAACCCUAUCAUAUCCCAUAAUUAUUGUUCUCUGCUCAGCUGUGGCCACUUUUCAUCUGAAGUCAGUCCUUUUGUUAACUUAACGUUUCUUUAGCCUUAUUCUUUAGCAGAUGCAUCUGAGUUUUUAUCCUCUUGUCUUUGUAAUGGCAGGGACCAUCAAGCAUCAUGUAAUUAAGCAUUUAAACAGUCAAGACUGUUAUUAGAGACUUAAAAUAAGCCAACAUGCAAAUGGUCGGAUGAGGCAUAUUUGCCAAACAUCUGGUGUUUUGGUUUGUCCAGGAGUGCUGCAGUAACUGUUCAUUUAUUUUUAGUCAGAAAAAUGUAUUUUUAAACUGUUUUAAACUGCAACUCUUGUUGCAGCUGCCCCCGCGUUUUUGUUACCUGUUCAACCCACUGUUUCCUGUUUAUGCAGAAAGUUUAGCUGCAACGUUGACACAAACCAAAUGAGGAUAUGGGUCUCUGUUUCUUGAGCAGUGGCGACUGAAUGUAGAACUAGUCUUAUAUUUGCAAAAUAAUCAUGCUUAUUAUUAUUAAUAAUAAUUUGUAUAGAUUAAUAUUUUUCCCUGUCUUACUAACACAUGGGUUACAUUCUUAAAAUGGACCAACUGCUAAAUCAAUCUGCGGUUUGCUAUACUUCUGUCACUGUGAUUAAAAAGAUAUAGACAGCAUAUAGUUUAUUUAAAAAUUAUAUUAUUAUUACAAUGAAUCAUUUUUUUAUCAAUGGAUUUAGAUGUGAGAAAAUCAAUCAUGUUUUGUGUGUAGUCUACUUGACCUUGAUUAACAGACCCUGACCUCAUUUUGCUUUGAAAAAAGCACAUUUGUACACAGCAGGUUUCGCUGUAAGUCUUCAGUAUGUAAUAAAUUGUGUUUAUCAGUUGUAAUGCGUAAUGUAUAAAAAAUAAUUUAAGGGAAAGUGAAUCAAAGUUUAUUUAAACCAAAUUAGUAGCUUUAACUUUAACUAAAGGGUUAAAUUUCACAUACAAAUGUCAAUCGGUAGUUAAAAACCUUUGGUACGCUCGGUCAAUAGAUCACAAAUUAAGUUGGCCUUUUCAUAAACCAAAGUGAAACAGAAAGUUCUGCAAUAUGUGAAGUUUGGAAGACUUAUUUGGACCCUCCCCAAUCAGUGUGACAUACACUCUUAAACGUUACUUUAACCCAUGGGUAUAUAUUGGACAGACCAUGUGCUGGGUUACAAUGACCCACUGUUGGGUUUUUGUUAUACAAUCAUGAACCCAUGCAGUUGCUAAUAACCCAGUAGUUGGUUUAAAACAACCCAGCAUUAAAUACAUUUCAGUGUGUUCUUUCCAAUAUUUACCCAAAAUGGUUUAAAAAUAACCCAGCCAUUUUUAAAGUCUACCAACAUUUUAGCAAAUAGUUUAUUAGCACAAAUGACUGGAUCUAUAGAGGUAGAACUAAGCAAUUCUCAUUUUAAUAUGUUGCUUGCCUAUUCAAACUGUUUAAAUGCCAUUAUCUGUUUGUGUAACAACACCUGAGAAGUAUGCUUGUCGAAUCCAGGUAUGCUUUUUAUAAUGUGAUGGCCAAUAAUGUAUUGUCAUAUGCUCAUAGUGCUUUAUUAACUGAGCUCUUGUUGUAACUAGGCCGACAAUGAGUAGUUUUUUCAGUAACCCAAGCUGAAAGCGAACUGCUGUGACGAUAGAGCAUUAAACUGUGCUACCAAACCACUAUAAUUCUCUCCACUUCACCAUUUUAUAACCCAUUUGUUUAGG